UCUAGCGCAGCAACCUUCUCUUCCUACUGGUUCGAUAUGAUGGGGAGAAAAUUUUAUUCCAAGUUGAAAAGCGACAUGGAUUGCAUCGAAUCAAGUGAACAGAAGUAAAGCUCUUGAAGCCAAGGGAGGAGACGACGCAAAGAGUAAUAAAAGCAAUAAGAAGUGCUCAUGUAGAAGAAAAAGUGACUUUCAGAAGCAACGAUUUGGUCACGUAGGCCACCGCCAAACGGGUACCGUGAAUGGCGAUAAAAAAAAUCGAAAUAAGGUUCUGUAAGACAACUCGACAACAGCGAACUCCCAAUCGCAGCGGAAUUUAUUUAAUGAAAAAACUAAAGACUUGUGUAUGUAGAAUUGUGGAAAAAACGUGAGUUAGCCGUAACCGUCGUCCGUUGGGGUUCCUAAACACCCUAUCAGUGUAGUGCAUUGUGUGUCAUAUAGAGAAAAUCGAAAAUAAUUAUCAUCAUACCAACGUGUACCGUAACGAUAGUUUGAAAAUGGGCGAAGAUACGCGAGUGAAAAUUCAGGUGUUCCGACCAACCUGGGAAGAGUUCAAAAAUUUCUCCAAGUACAUCGAGUAUAUUGAGUCCCAGGGGGCUAACAAAGCAGGACUGGCCAAGAUUAUUCCCCCACCAGAAUGGAAACCACGCAAAGGCGGAUACGAUUUGGAUGGAUUGAAUCUGACAAUUCCGUCGCCGAUCUGUCAGGUAGUGGCCGGCAAGCAGGGUCUGUAUCAGCAGAUCAAUAUUCAGAAAAAUUCUCUAACGGUGAAACAGUUUGCGGAAUUGGCCAACACAGAAAGAUAUGCUACACCAAAACAUUUCGAUUUCGAGGAUCUGGAGCGUAAAUAUUGGAAAAAUAUAACGUAUGUCGCCCCAAUUUAUGGAGCCGACGUUUGCGGGAGUAUUACAGAUGAAGAUUGUAAUAUUUGGAACAUCAAUCGGCUCGGCACAAUCUUGGACUUCGUGAAUCAGGACUAUGGCAUCUCCAUUGACGGCGUCAAUACAGCCUACCUUUACUUUGGCAUGUGGAAGACAACCUUCGCCUGGCACACGGAAGAUAUGGAUCUGUAUUCGAUCAAUUACUUACACUUUGGAGCUCCUAAGACUUGGUACGCUGUUCCUCCUGAGUAUGGUCGUAAGUUGGAGAAGGUAGCGAACAGCUAUUUCCCUGCCAGUUACAAGACCUGUUCGGCUUUCCUGCGCCACAAGAUGACGCUGAUAAGUCCUCAAAUUUUGAAACAGCACAACAUCCCUUUCGAUAAGAUAACCCAAGAACAGAAUGAAAUCAUGAUUACGUUCCCAUUCGGGUACCAUGCUGGUUUCAAUCAUGGCUUCAAUUGUGCAGAAUCCACCAAUUUUGCACUGCCCCGAUGGAUCGAGUAUGGCAAACGUGCCACUCAGUGCUACUGCAGUUCAGACAUGGUCAAGAUCUCAAUGGAUACAUUUGUGAAACGAUUCCAACCGGAGAAGUACGAAGCAUGGAUGAAUGGAACGGACUUUGGUCCUCAUCCGGAAGAUCCAUCGCAUAUCGUUGGCCCUCCUCCCCGUAACACCGAAUGCGAACAAGACGAAGGUAUAGAGUCAUUUACAGAAGAGGGUGAACAAGUUGCCAUGAAAAAGGCCUGUAAUAUGGUAGCCAAUUUGCGAAAGAUGUCUUUCAAAGAGAAAAAUCCGGACCUAGACUUGAAUGAUAUCCAGAACAAUCCACAUAUUCCGGAUGACGUCAAGAUGGUCCUAAGUGGCGCUUUAACGAUGGCCGAUGAAGGGGAUGACGAUGUAGAAGAGGUAGAAGCGCCAUGUAAAUCGGAAGCCUCUGACAGUUUCAAGUCAUCUUCGUAUGAUCCGUUCGGGUCAGAAGAUGAUGAUGAUGAGUAUGAAGAAGACGAUGAAGGUAAACUAAGUUCGAAGCGUAAGAAGCGCAAAAAGAAGAAAAAUGAUAGCGAUUACGAUGAUGAUUGGUACUCGUCUCAUGGCAAAUCAAAACGCACGCGAUCUCCUACCAAGAAACUGUCCAAGGAAGAGCGAGCGGCGAGAGCCGAGCGUGAAAACAAGCGACAGGAACGACGUUCUAAACUGGAAGAGAAACAAAAACGUCGUGAGGAGGAGCGAAAGGAACGGGAACGGUUGAAAAAUGAACGGGAAGCCGAGAAAGAACGCAGUCGUCUGGAGAAGAAAGAACAGCGUUCGACAGAUUCCAGAAAGAAAGCAGUGGAUAGAAUACGGGAACAGAUGCGGAAAUCGGAUGGCAGUUCACCGAAAAAAGCCGCUAACGGAACGUCACCGGCUAUGAAAAAAGUUCAGCAGCAGUUGAAGAAAGAACUUCCCCCAGCGUUGAAAAUGUUGGAGCACCACAAGAAGUUUGAAGAACCGGACAUCAAGCAGGAGAAACCAGAUGUGGAUGAACAUCAAGGUCAAAGUUUGGUAUCGAAAAUAUUAUCCGGACAAAUAGCCCCAAGCCAAAGCCAAAUAGAAAGUCUUCGAGCUCUGCACUUGGAGGAACAAGCGCGUAAACUAGAGGAGUCUACUCGAAAAUUGAUGGAUUCUAUCCUCAAAAGAUCUGCAAAACCAAGGACGUUUAACUUGAGCAGUGCUUCGCUUAAUUUGAGUGGUUCUUCGCUUAACCUAAGUAGGCCAAAGCUGGAGCAAAAUACACUUACAAUGAGUAACUCUAGCAUGGAUUUAAGUCUAGUUAAGCAGGAGAAAAUAGAUCCAUCAGAUGAACAGGAUGGAAUACAAUUUGAGGUAGACAGUGUCGAUGGCACACUAGACCUUUCAACCGUCAAGAUGGAGCCAGAAGACGAUGAGAUGGACCCUAACUUAGAUUUUCCUAGACGAAAACGAACUCCUUACACUCCUGGCCAACUGAUAGAACUCGAAAAACAUUUCGCCGAGAAUAACUUUGUAGGUCAUAGACAACGAGCAAUAAUAGCCGAAAGUUUGAAUCUUUCCGAGCGACAGGUUAAAAUUUGGUUCCAAAAUCGGCGUGCUAAAGUAAGACGAAUCGAAUCGGGAUACGGACGAGGAAUGGGAAAUCGGAAACCCGAUGGGUACUUCGAUGAUCCUGAUGAAAACACGCAACCGACAUUAGAAGUGGAUGAUCUUGAUUCCUCUAAAUUAUCGGAUGCAGAAGGAGAAAAACAACUUACAGAUCUAGAUAAGUCAACCGAGGACGCUCGUGGGGACAUUUCAAAUAGCAGCAUUGGAGAACCUAGAAAUCAUAGUAGUCAAUCAACCAGCAGAUCGCGGCGGGAUGAUAGUCGUCGGAAGAGGACCAACUUUACUAAGGAGCAAUCGGCUCAAUUGGAACGUGAAUUUCAUUUCAAGAAGUACAUCACUAUCACGGAACGGUAUGAAAUUGCUACAAGGUUGAAGCUGAAUGAAUUGCAGGUUCAAGUUUGGUUCCAAAAUCGACGUGCCCGUUGGACAAGGCACCGUCCCCCGAGAAAGGACGGCGAACCAGAUCUGCUGGAUGAUAUCAAAAUAGAAGACGCUCGUUUGGAGGAGGCUGAUAUGAACUCGGAUUCGAAUUUGGCUUCCGAAGAAGGGCUCAGCUUGGAUGAAACACAAGCCGCGAAAAUACUGCUUCAUUUGGAUCGACCAAUCAAAAACGAACCGAUGGACUUUUCAAAGGGGGGAACCGUUCGUACCAGCACGGUGCAAUUGGAUAAAUCGUUACUGUCAGACAUUGGAAUCCCCUUGAAAGACGAGUCAGAUGAUAUAUCAGAUGACGAAUGUUUUCCGGUUGACGACGAAACUGUCGUGGUUAAGAUUGAUGAAAAAGGUCAAACACUUUCGUUGGAACUCCUAUCAGCAGCAAUAGAUUUGACUGUAAAUAGCAAAGAUGAUGAGACAGACAUUUCCAAUGAUAAAAAUACUGAGAAUAAAAGGGUCGUUGAAAGUCCAACACUCGAAUCGAUCUCCCUCCUUGAUAUGCCUGAAUUGGAAAAAGUGUCUAGUGAAAAAGAGAGCGAAGAACCUUCUAAACCGAACGAUAAUUCGCAGGAUGAAGAAUCUACAACCAUUAAACAUGAACCGUUUGAUUCACCUGUAGACGAUGGGAGCUUAUCUGCAGAUGUAGAUCUCAAUGGCGAUGAUGACACUAUAAGCAAAACUUGCAGGCCACUUUCAGCUGCCGAAAUGAAUGAUUUAGGACCAAUAGCUUAUACUCAGGCAGACGUAAAGCCCGAAACAAUCGAUGAAUUAAAAUCAUCAGUAGAUUCAAAAUCACUUGGAAAUAAGACAACUAAUGCAAAAUUGGCUGCUUCCUCUGAAAAGAUUAAAGAGCCAGAUUCAACGAGCUCUACGAACGUUAAGGCGAAAACAAUUGAAACUGAAAAAAGGGAUUCAAAGAUUGAAAAUGCUGUUUCUGAUGAAUCCAAAACUGCACAGGAGUCAGUUAAGAAAAAUGAUGCAGAUAAUAUCAAAACAGGAAAAGCUGACGACGAUAAAAAGUUGGUUGAAACUAGCGCUAAAUUAGAACUAACAGAUAAAACCAACUCUGCCGCUGACCAGGAUUCUAACUGUGCUUCAAACAGUGAUUCGGAAUCAGGUGAAAAGGUCAAAUCGGAGACAGUCGAUAAAGAAACACUGGAAGACAUUAAAUCUUCAACCGAUACUAAAACUGCAGCCGCUUCUGCAUCGUCAGCUUCAGAACCGGCAGACCCCCCUUCGAAUUAGUUGGUCGGAUUCAAUCCAAUUAGGAGUACUGCGCCCAUAGCCUUUUCUAAACUGGAGAGAGAAUUUUUAGAAUGUGUGUGAUUGUCGACUUAGGUUCAUAAAAAGUUUGAAUUUUUAUUUCAGUAUUUUUUUUUUAUAUUUCACUUUAAUUUUGUUUUGGAUAUUUUGGAAUUCGCAGUAUGCUAUUUUGCGUUCACAGCUAAGUAUAAAAUGGAUAUAGCUUGGGACGCUCAAGCGGAGAAUGCAACUGAGAAGAGGACAGUUUCUUCUUCGAAAGUUAGUUUUCCACGAUACACUUAUAGUUGCAAAUUGAAUUGAAAAUUUAGUUAUGAACAAACGCCCAGCGAUUAGAUAAUUGUGUUAACCAGAAUCCCGAAGAAUUUGAUUUUUUUUAAAUAUAUUCCUAGAGUAUACAUCAGCGAUAAUGAUCUGAUACAGUUCUGUGAAUAGACUUUAAUGGUGUUUUGCGUUAACCCAUCUUCAAAAGUAAUCAUGUUGGCACUAGCGCUUUACUUCGUACGAAAAGUAUCUUACUAUAUACCACCCAUAUGCAUAUGAACGAGUAAUCACCAGAGGAAGACUACUUUAGUUUUAAGUUAAAAUUUUGUUAGCAUUCGUAGCCAUUAGUCACAAAGCAACUCUUGAAAUUGUAAAUUCAGAAAACAGAAGUAAUUUUAGUCCUACGCAUUAAGACAGAUCCUCACGAAAAGAGAAAAAGAAAGUUUGAAAUUGCAUAGUACUAGCAUUAAGAGCAGCAGUGAUAAUUAUAAUUGAUUAUUCGCAUAAAGUCAGAAUUUUCAUGUUAUUCUAAAUAAAACCAUCACAAACGAA